AUGAGCUAUGCCAAAACAAUCUUUCCUUAUCAUACAGGUGUUAUUGGUGAUCUUGAUUUACAAGUAGAUGAUAUUAUUGAGGUAUUAGAACAAGUUGAUCAAAAUUGGUUACGUGGUAAAAUAAAUGAUCAAAUUGGUCUUGUACCAUGUAAAUUUGUUGAAUGUCUUCCAACAGUAAAUAUUAAUCAAAAUCAAUCCGUGUAUAUUGCACAUACAGAUUAUCGUUCAGAUCAUCAAGGUGAUUUACAAUUUCAUCGAGGUGAUCGUAUAAUUGUUAAUGAAACUUUACCUAAUGGAUGGUUUCGUGGAUCACUUGAUUUUAAUUUACCUGGUACAACUUAUAGACCAACAGGUAUUUUUCCAAGUACAUUUGUUACAUUAGUAAAAUCAAAUUCAAACAGUACUAAUCAGAAUGAAACUCAAGUAUCGUCUAGUCAAAAUAAUCUUUUAUUAUUUGAUGAAAGUCCUAUAAAAUUUGUUCGAGUCAUAUGUGAUAUAAAACCGAGUGGAUCAAAUGAAUUAGGUUGUUUUGAAGAUGAAGUUCUUGCUGUUAUUGAAGGUGAUAUUAAUCAAAGUGAAUGGUUAAUUGUUAAAAAUGCAUUUAAUUCAAUUGGACGUAUUAAACGUAUAUUUGUUGAACCUAUUGAUGAUCGACAAAGUGAUGAUGAAAACAAUAAUCUUUUAUUUGUACCUAAUAUUAAUUCUAAUCAAUAUAAAAAAUCAGAUAAAAAUAGUUUAGAUUCAAUACAAGAACUUGUUGAAAAAGAAUUUGAAAAAUUAAUGAAAAAUGAUAAUAAAAAAGAACAAGCUCAUUUUACAUCUCCACCACAACCAUCUAUUCCUACUGUUUAUAAUUCUUCACAAAUAAAUUAUUCUCAACAAUAUCCAUAUUCAUUAAGAUCAAGUUAUAUUAAUUCAAAUAAUAAUAAUAAUAAUAAUAAUAAUACUCUUGAUGUACAAUCACUUUAUAAAUCAAUACCAUUAAAUCAUUUUUCAACUAAUAAUCAAUAUAUUUUUACAUCAACUACAAAAAAUAUUUCCAACGUAUGUCAUACACCAUCAACAACAUCAUCAAUUUCAUCUUUUGAUGAUCCACCACCUGUUAAACCACGUCUUUCUCUUCGACCACAGUUGCCACCACCUCCACCACCGCCAUCAUUAUAUGUUCCAACAUUUUCUUCAUCAAUGCCACCAUUAAGAGGUCCAACACGACCAGCACCAAAACCACCAAUACAAACUAAAAUUGAACCACAACAGCAACAGGCAAGUCAAUUAUAUUACAUAAGAAAUCAAUUAUUAAUUGAUGAUCAAGUUGAUAAAACUGAUAUAAAUAUUAUUCAACGACGUCGACAACAUGCAAUUAGUGAAUUAUUAUCAACUGAACGAGAUUAUAUUCGUGAUCUUGAUUUACUUAUUGAAACAUUUCUUAAUACAAAUUCAAUUUCAUGUCCGGAUAGUGUAAAUAAAAAACUUCUAUUUGGUAAUAUACAUGAUAUAAAUGAUUUAUCACAUCGUCUUCUUAAUCAACUUGAAUUAGAAUAUACAAAAAUUCAACAAAAUGAUGAUGCACAUUGUUGUAUUGGACAAAUUUUUAAUAAUUUAAUAGAACAAUUAAAAAGUAUUUAUGCUGAAUAUUGUCGAAAUCAUGAAUGGGUACAUAUUUAUUUACGUAAGCAUGGAAAUGAUGAAAAACUUCAAAAAUAUCUUCAAGAUGGUCUUUGUAGAAUUCGUCUUCAAAAAUCAAAUAUUUUUGAUAUUUCAGCUCUUCUAUUAUGUCCAAUUCAACGUAUUGUUCGAUAUCCACUUAUAUUAAAUGAAUUAUUCAAAAAUACUAGUACUGAUCAUAUCGAUUAUAUACAUCUAAAAGAAGCUAUUUCAAAUUUAAUAUCAAUGGUUGAUUUUAUCAAUGAAUAUAAACGACGAAAAGAAAUUGGUAUGUAUGUGUGUUCAAGCACAUUCAUAUUAUGUUUAUUUUGA